CGGGGCAGCACGAUGUUGAUAAGUGGGGGCCUUGCUAAUGCAAUAGUUUAAGACGAGUGAAGAUGGCGGAUGUGUUGAGUGUUCUUCGUCAGUACAACAUCCAGAAAAAAGAAAUAGUUGCCAAAGGAGAUGAGGUGAUAUUUGGGGAGUUUUCUUGGCCGAAAAAUGUCAAGACCAACUACAUAAUCUGGGGAACGGGCAAAGAGGGACAGCCAAAAGAGUACUACACAUUGGACUCGAUCCUGUUCUUGCUCAACAAUGUACAUCUGCCGCAUUCGUCUUAUGUCAGAAGAGCUGCAACAGAAAACAUCCCAGUUGUCAGACGACCGGAUCGAAAGGGUUUGCUAUCGUACCUCAAUGGAGAGAGUUCGACUUCAACGAGCAUCGACAGAAGUGCGCCCAUAGAAAUAGGUCUUCAAAGGCCGACGCAAAUAAAAAGAGCAGCCGAUGAAGUCUCUUCUGAAGCAAAAAAACCAAGAAUUGAAGAUGAGGAGCGAGUGCGUCUCGAUAAAGAGCGUUUGGCUGCUCGUCUGGAGGGCCACAAAGAAGGAAUCGUCCAGACUGAUCAGAUCAGAUCUCUGUCCGAGGCCAUGUCGGUUGAAAAGAUCGCUGCCAUCAAGGCCAAGAUUAUGGCCAAGAAACGUUCAACCAUUAAGACGGAUUUGGAUGAUGACAUCACCCUGAAACAGAGAAGCUUUGUGGACGCAGAGGUGGACGUCACCAGGGACAUCGUCAGCCGUGAGCGGGUCUGGAGGACCAGGACCACCAUCCUCCAGAGCACUGGAAAGACGUUCUCAAAGAACAUCUUUGCCAUCCUCCAGUCAGUAAAAGCCAGAGAGGAAGGGCGAGCGCCCGAGCAGAGACCAGCACAGAACACUACCCAAGUGGACCCGUCUUUAAGGAACAAGCAGCCUGUUCCUGCUGCCUACAACAGAUACGAUCAGGAGAGAUUCAAAGGAAAAGAAGAAACUGAGGGUUUCAAAAUCGACACCAUGGGCACGUACCACGGCAUGACCCUCAAGUCGGUGACGGAAGGAGCUUCUGCUCGAAAAGCUCAGACCCCCGCUCUGCAGCCUGUUCCCCGUCCAGUUUCACAAGCCAGACCUCCUCCAAACCAAAAGAAAGGGUCCCGGACCCCCAUCAUCAUCAUCCCCGCCGCCACCACCUCCCUCAUCACAAUGCUCAACGCUAAAGAUCUCCUCCAGGAUCUGAAAUUCCUCACGUCAGAAGAAAAGAAAAAGCAGGGCAUCCAGCGGGACAACGAGGUUCUGCUGCAGCGGCGCAAAGACCAGAUCCAGCCCGGCGGCACGACGCUGAGCGUCACCGUUCCGUACCGCGUCAUUGAUCAACCUCUGAAACUGGCGCCCCAAGACUGGGAUCGUGUGGUGGCGGUGUUCGUGCAAGGACCCGCCUGGCAGUUCAAAGGCUGGCCCUGGCUGCUGCCUGACGGAUCUCCUGUUGACAUUUUUGCCAAAAUUCGAGCCUUUCAUCUAAAGUACGAUGAGGUGAAGAUGGACCCAAACGUGCAGAAGUGGGAUGUGACCGUCCUGGAGCUGAGUCGCCACAGACGCCACCUCGACCGACCCGUCUUCCUGCGCUUC